UUCAUUGUUUUCUUAAAGUUCAACCAACAAACAUACCAACAAAAAGGUUAAACAAAAAGGGAGAAGAAGAAGGAAAAAUUGUUUUUUUUUUCAAAGAUGAAAUUUGUUCCAUUUUGGCUCCCAUGAAGCUUUCAUUUCACUGUCACUUGCACUUCUCAUAGUUGCAAUUUUUUUUUGUUCUUUACCUUUCAUCCCAUUAGUUUCCAUCAAAUUCUUGCCGGCAAUCUCUUCUUCUUUCUUUGUAUGUUUCGUUUUAAUCUGUAAUAAAACGCAGGCCCCAAAAACAACAAUGGCGUUUCUCUGGUUUUUUCUCUUUUCUUUCACCUUCAAAGUCUCGAACUCCACCCCAGAUUCUACUGUUCUUCUUAGCUUCAAAAACUCCAUCUUUGACGACCCUUUAAACAUUUUGUCCUCUUGGAACUCAUCUUCGUCUCACUGCUCUUGGUACGGUGUUAAAUGUGCUAACUUUUCUGAUAAAGUCACGUCUUUGUCGCUUCCUCAAAGUGGGUUUUCCGGUGAGAUCCCCGCCGUUAUUGGAGACCUUAAGUUUUUGGAGGUUCUCCAGCUCCAAGCCAACAAUUUUUCCGGCCAGAUUCCGGUUCAGAUAAGCUCUCUUCCUUCUCUUACAGUGCUCAACUUGUCCUUCAACUCGUUUUCCGGUUAUAUACCAGAUAAGUUCAUCGGUACUAGUGGCUUGAAAGUGAUUGACUUGUCUAAUAAUCUACUUUCUGGUAGGAUUAGUGUUGAUAAUUCUAGUGGAUGUGAGUUUUUGACUCACUUGAGGCUGUCUAAUAACUUUCUUAGUGAUAAUAUUCCCCCUGAGAUUGGCAAUUGCAAUAAUUUGAGGACUUUGUUGCUUGAUUACAACCUUUUACAAGGCAAGAUUCCGGCCGAAUUAGGCCGAAUUUCCGAGCUUCGAGUUUUAGAUGUUUCUAUGAACAGUCUUACUGAUGUGAUCCCAAAUGAGAUGGCAAAUUGUAAGAAACUAUCAGCUCUUGUGUUAACCAAUUUGAUGGAUUUUGGUUCUGAUGAGAAAUCAAGCUCCAUGAAUAGUUUUCGAGGAGAAUUCAAUGCGUUCGAUCUCGGUGUUCCGGUUGAACUGUUUUUUCAUUCUAAUUUGCAGGUUUUGUGGGCGCCGAGAGCCAAUCUUCGCGGCCAGUUGCCUGCUCGAUGGAGUGAGGUUUGCUCACUCAGGGUCUUAAAUUUGGGGCAGAAUUAUUUUGAUGGUGUGAUACCUGAAAACAUUGUGAUGUGCGAGAACCUUACUUUCUUGGAUUUGAGUUCGAAUAAUUUGUCCGGAUACCUUCCAUGGCAGCUACAUGUUCCUUGUAUGACAUACUUCAACAUUAGUAGAAACAGAAUUUCUGGUAACAUUCAAGCUUACAACAGGAAUGGCAUCUGCGACGGGACCGUGAUCUCUUAUGGACUUGGUUCUAAUUCCGAUGAUAUGGACAAUACAUGGGUCGAAUUCACAUAUGCUAAUCUUCCUUUUCAGGGUUACAAGAUGGGGUUGAUGAUAGAUGAGAGUUUUGCAAUAGUCCAUGACCUUAGUUGGAAUAGUUUCACCGGUUCCGUACCAGUGUUCUUCAUAGCAGAUCAGUUACUGGAAAGCAACAGUACAUUUUCAUACAGUUUGCUACUGAAUAAUAACAUGUUUGAUGGUUUGUCUCGUCGGGAGCUAAUAUCUGAUUGUGGUAAGCUGCAAAGUGUCUCAGUUAACCUGAGUGAAAACAAGAUAGUAGGUGGGAUGGGGAUGACCUUUUUCCUUGAUUGUCUACGGCUUAUAGCGUUUGAAGCGGCAUAUAAUCAGAUUGAGGGAUCCUUAGAUCCUGGUAUAGGCAACUUGACCAUACUUGAACGGCUUGACUUUAGAGGAAAUAGACUCUCUGGAUCUCUACCGAAUCGAUUGGAAGAGUUGAAGAACCUGACAUGGAUCUCUCUUGGAGAGAACAAUUUAAGUGGAGAAAUUCCACCUGAACUUGGUCAAUUGGCGUUGCUUAAGGUUCUCGAUCUUUCCCACAAUGCUCUUACAGGAUCUAUCCCUGCUAGCCUAGCAAAUGCUUCGAAUCUUGAAACACUUCUACUAGGCCACAACAGGCUUUACGGGGAAAUACCCUCAUCUUUCUCUUUGCUUUCUCAUCUGACUGUUUUGGACUUUUCGUUUAACGAUCUUUCUGGUCCGAUACCAAGUCUCCAACAUCAGACUAAUUGCAGUGCCUAUAGAGGAAAUGAACGUUUGUACGACAAGUGUCCGUUUUCUGCGCUGUCCUCGGAGGGGCCUAGCUAUCCACCUACACAUAAAAAAGGGAGGAUCAUGGAACCCAUCAUUAUUGCAGCUGUAACUUCGGCUUUUGUUCUGCUUUGUUUGGUUGUGGUGGCUGUAAUCAUCUGUCGACUCAGAAGAAAAAAGGUUAGAAGACUUGGUACACUGAAGGGAAAAGUGGUUGUGACUUUUGCAGAUGCUCCUAAAGAGCUGAAUUAUGAUACUGUAGUUAGAGCUACCGGUAACUUUAGCCUCCGAAACCUUAUCGGCACGGGUGGAUUCGGUUCAACCUACAAAGCGGAGUUGGUCCAUGGCUAUCAUGUAGCCGUAAAGAGGCUUUAUAUCGGUCGGUUUCAUGGUAUCCAGCAAUUUGAUGCAGAGAUAAGAACACUGGGAAGAAUUCGACAUAAGAACCUUGUAACUCUAAUGGGAUAUUAUGCUGGGGAAAAUGAAAUGUUUCUAAUUUACAAUUAUCUUUCUGGUGGAAAUCUUGAGACUUUCAUUCAUGACAAAUCCGGUGAAAAUGAACGGUGGCCAGUUAUCUACAAGAUAACCAUGGGCAUAGCUCAGGCUCUUGCUUAUCUCCAUUAUUCAUGUGCACCCCGGAUAGUUCAUCGAGACAUCAAGCCUAGCAACAUUCUGCUUGAUGAGAAUCUUGAUGCCUUCCUUUCAGACUUUGGGUUAGCUAGGCUUUUAGAAGUUUCCGAGACCCAUGCCACCACAGAUGUUGCAGGCACAUUCGGUUAUGUAGCACCAGAAUAUGCAACCACAUGCAGGGUGUCCGACAAAGCAGAUGUGUACAGUUUUGGUGUCGUAAUAUUAGAAUUGCUGUCAGGGAAGAAGUCCCUCGAUCCAUCAUUUUCCGAUUACGGUAAUGGAUUCAACAUUGUUGAAUGGACUAGGAUGCUGAUCAAGGAGGGCCGUCCUUCAGCGGUUUUCUCUGCUGAACUGUGGGAAACUGGACCUAGGGAGAAUCUCUUGGGGAUGCUACGGCUUGCAUACGCCUCGACAGCCGAGACACUUUCGGUUAGGCCAUCGAUGAAGCAAGUUCUUGAAAAAUUGAAGCAGUUGAAAACCUGAAAAAAGAGAAGCUGUCGUACAAUGCCGACAGGAAACACAGAAGUUUUUGUCCACAAAUUCUUCAACUUCCGCAUGUUGGAAUGAGAAAUGGUUUGCAGACUGCUCUCGAGAGGUAGCGAUCGCCAUAGCACACACACGAAAACAUGAAAUCGACAUUGCAGGAGCACAAAUAGAAAAAAAAACUAUCGACUUUGAUUGUCACUAGAAA